GGUGUGUUUGGCUGGCAAUGUUGUGGACAGACUGACCCGCCACACACGUGCAUACCAGCCGCCUCUCGUGCCAAGUGCUACCACAUGCAGGAUAUAUAAGCCUAAUUUGCUCCGCUGGAAUUCAUAGUAUCGUCCAGAACUGUAAAUUUCAUCUGUGCUUUUCUUGCUUGCCUUGUGUUUACCUGUGAGGGAGCAACGCCUGGCCACCUGUGUUUCCUGACCCUCGCUCGCCUCGCACUUGAUAAUCGGGACAAGCGGCCACCAUGGGGGCCUACAAGUACAUGCAAGAGAUUUACCGCAAGAAGCAGAGUGAUGUGAUGCGCUUCCUGCUGCGGGUGCGCGCCUGGCAGUACCGCCACCUCAACAAGCUGCACCGUGCCCCUCGCCCCACCCGCCCCGAGAAGGCGAGGCGCCUCGGCUACAAGGCCAAGCAAGGCUUCGUGAUCUACCGCAUCCGUAUUCGCCGCGGUGGCCGCAAGCGCCCCGUGCCCAAGGGCGCCACCUACGGCAAGCCCAAGAGCCACGGCGUCAACCAGCUGAAGCCGACCCGCAACCUGCAGUCCCUGGCGGAGGAGCGUACUGGGCGUCGUCUGGGUGGCCUGCGUGUGCUGAACAGCUACUGGGUGGCACAGGACUCCACUUACAAGUACUACGAGGUCAUUCUGGUCGACAUCCGGCACAACGUGGUACGCAAGGACGCCUCUCUCAACUGGAUUUGCGGGCAUACACACAAGCACAGGGAGAUGCGUGGCAAGACGUCUGCCGGCAGGAAGCACCGCGGACUGGGGCGAGGCUUCCACUUCUCUCAGACCAAGGGAGGCUCCCGCCGUGCUCGCUGGCUGCGUCAUAAUUCUCUCUCUCUUCGCAGAAAGCGUUAAAAUCACCAUCUGGUGUUAUUUCUUUAAUUAAAAAAAUCUAUGUGCAA